CAAGUGCAUCGCGCGAUCGCCUUCCUGUGCUCGGCCCUGUUUUUCCAAGGGGCCUGGAGCUUCCGCGACAUCACGGACGAAGUAUUUGGCGGCGCCCAACCGAGCGUUCUGGGGGCCUUCGGGGACUUCAACUCCGACAAGCUCACCGAUCUCUUCUUAGCGUCCAACGACUCGCACAGGCUUGAGAUAUGGGUGGCCACGGGCGUGAAGCCUUCAUUCUACAAGUCCGACGUCCAGUGCGCCGUUCCGGGCGUCAUUACGGGCAUCAUGCCUGGCGACUUCGACGGCGAUUCUAUCAUGGACGUGCUAGUGACAUCCAAGGACAGCGGUAGCAAGCCGGACGUCGUCGAUGUUCGAAUCUUCUGGGGACGCCUUCGAAUGGGCGUCGACUGCGCGAACAGCACGCACGUGAGCGGCGUAGGUUGGCAGCCGCUGCUGUUCGACUACAACGGCGACCGGAUCGUCGACCUGCUCUCCGCGCGCACCGAGGAACCCCGCAAUAGAACGGUGUGGACGUUCGGUCCUAGCAGGACACCUACAAUGGUGGCCCUCGGGGUAGGCACGGACGCGCUCUCCAAACCGCACUCGAAUUCCUUCGUCGACCUUAACGACGACAUGACGGCGGAUCUCAUGCUGACCGCCCACUCGUCCAUGGAGGUCUGGUACUGGGUCGGCAACAGCACCUUCAAAGGCCCGAACAUGCUCGAGUACCCUCCUGACGCCGCGGUCAAAGGUCAAUCCCUGUUCGUCGAUGUAGACGCGGACGGCGACAUGGAGCACGUCAUGCCCGUCUGCCUGGGGAGCGCCGACUGCAAGCGCUCCGCCAUCAUGGUGCUCAACGGUACCCAGUGGGCCACUUGGUUCGAGUCUUUCCAGGACAGUGGCAAUAACACGUGGAAAUUCCACGUCGAUGAGGGCCAGCCGGCAGACGUGGCGAUGCCAGUAGCACUACGCUCUGCAGACGUGGACAUGGACGGCUACCCCGACUUCCUGGCCGUAUUGGACGGCAAGCCGUCGGGUCAGAAGAAGGUAGUCACCCGAGCCACGCUCCUUCUCAACGUCCACUGUCCCAGCUGUCCCUAUGGGCGAAACCUGGUCCCGUACUGGAACUAUGGAGCCCUGGCCAACUUCGACUCCGCUAAACUGGCCGCCUUCUUCGACAUAGACGAAGACGGGCACAUGGACAUCCUGCUGACCAACGGAACCCAUCAGAAUGGCUUCCACACGUACGCGCUUCGCAACCAGUUCAGUGACGAUGCGUGCUUCAUCAAGGUUCUGGCCUUGAGUGGCCUCUGCUACACCGACUGCCCGCAGGGUCACCUGGCCUACGGAACAAAUCAGCCGGGCCCUCUGGUUCGGUAUCGGAUUAUAACGUCCAGUGGCUAUCCGCAGGAAAGCUGCGCAAGCCAGUUGUACCAGUCGGCACACUAUGCGCUGCAGCUUCCUUAUUCGGUGUUCGGCCUCGGUCAGUCUCCGAACUUUGUGGACGUGCUGACCGUGGCUCUUCCCAACAACGAGAGUGUCGAGCACCUCAGCGUGCACCACCAGUGGACGCAGAUCAUCCCGAACUCGCAGAUGGUGGUCAUCCCAUAUCCAGUGAACGACCCGCAAAGCUGGGUCAACAAGCUUUUCGUCACCCCUGGACGACAGGUUCUGCUGACGUUCAUUGCCCUGGCUGGCACGUGCGUCUUUAUUGUGCUGAUCAUCGGAACCCUGCACUGGCUAGAAAAACGGGAGGACCAUCGGAUGAGGCGCCAAGAGGCUCACCAGUUCCACUUUGAUGCCAUGUAAUGCGCCCUCUCAGGUGCCAUCGCAUCGAGUGUUCUUGGUGAAAAUUGAACCUUCGGUGCACCAAGUUCAGCAAUAAGACUGGUGUGGUCUGUUCACUGUUCCACGCAGGAGUGAAGGACACCUCGUGGUGUAGCUUUAAAGACCAACAUCGCAGGAACGUCGUUUUAGUGUCUUCGAGUCUUGUUCUUCGCAAGUUAAAUUGUUAUGCGCCUGCCAUUUUGAGUCGUGCCCUUUGCGCUCAGCGGAGGAUCAAUAUGGACUAUGCAGGACUUACAGGCCAAUGUUCCUGGAGCAGCAAUAGCUGCACUAAAUGAGUUGAACCCUACUAUUAGCCCGAGUAAUUUGUUUUAUAUAGCCUGGCCUUUGAAAUGUGCGACAGUUCUUGGUCUCAUUUUGCAAGCUGAAAUCGAGGGCCAAGCAAAGCAGCAUUUCUGAAUGUGCACAGGACUGAGCAAGUUAUUUCGGACAAGGUCGAGGCUGUUUGUUUUUCAGUGGUGUUUCAUUUAUGCAAGUAUAUGUAUGUCUGAUGCCUUAACUUCAUGAGAUUAUUCUUAUCUCAACAUAAGAGCUGCAAAUGUGUUGACCACUUCAUUCGUUCCACUGCUUGUGCGCUGAUGCACGUUGGCAUUCUGGUCUUAGAGUGUAAUUUGUUUUUAUGCGAUUGUUAAAUGCAGGCCAUUUUGUGCCUUGAGUAGGUUAUGCAGUGUUAGUUCUAAGUGUACUUUUUCAUUUUUGCUGUGUUUGUGUAUUUAUUGCAAUAAAGAAAACACUUGUGUUACACCUUUCCUA